AGGAGGAGGAGGAGGAGGAGGAGGAGGAAGGGGCAGCUGAACAAGAUGGCCCCUGCUGCCAGAGCGGCCUCGGCAGCAGCAGGUGGGCGGCGGGCCGAGGCGGGAGCGGCCGAGGCGGGAGCGGCGGCGGGGAGGGCCGAGGGGGCCCGCACGGCCCAGCCGGGACAGGACCAGGCCCGGGCCCAGGCCCAGGCGGAGGCCGCGGGGGCCCGCAGCUGAGAGCAGCCGGACCCACAACACCUCCUCCUCCUCCUGCUCCGCUCCAGCUGCUGCUCCAGCUGCUGCUGCUGCUGCUGCUCGGACGGCGCGGUUAUAUUUCACACUAUGUGCUGACUGAAUUUACAGAAGCUAUUUAAAAAAAAAAACAAACUUUUUUUCGAAGAUUUUGAUUCCAGUGGAAUCUGUGCUUUAGAUUUUUGUCUUGUGAAUUGUCACUCCCGAAGCAAUGCCUGUACAAGCUCCACAAUGGACGGAUUUCCUCUCCUGCCCCAUUUGCACUCAGACAUUUGAUGAAACGAUCCGAAAGCCCAUCAGUCUGGGCUGUGGCCACACCGUCUGCAAGAUGUGCCUGAACAAGCUCCACCGCAAGGCCUGCCCCUUUGACCAGACCGCCAUCAACACCGACAUCGAGCUCCUCCCAGUGAACUCAGCCUUGCUGCAGCUAGUGGGCGCUCAGGUCCCUGAGCAACAGCCCAUUACUUUGUGCAGUGGGGCAGAAGAUACAAAGCAUUAUGAGGAAGCCAAGAAAUGUGUCGAAGAGUUAGCAUUGUACCUGAAACCACUCAGCAGUGCUAGAGGAGUAGGUCUAAACAGCACUACUCAGAGUGUCCUGAGUCGCCCAAUGCAGAGGAAACUGGUGACAUUAGUUCACUGCCAACUGGUGGAAGAAGAGGGACGAAUUCGGGCCAUGAGGGCAGCUCGCUCCUUGGGCGAGAGGACGGUCACCGAGCUCAUCCUCCAGCAUCAGAAUCCUCAGCAACUUUCCUCCAAUCUUUGGGCAGCCGUCAGGGCUCGGGGCUGCCAGUUCCUUGGACCAGCAAUGCAGGAGGAAGCUCUGAAGCUGGUCUUGCUGGCCUUAGAAGACGGAUCGGCUUUGUCCCGGAAAGUCUUGGUUCUCUUUGUGGUACAAAGGUUGGAGCCACGAUUUCCUCAAGCCUCAAAAACUAGCAUUGGGCACGUUGUCCAGCUCCUUUAUAGAGCCUCCUGCUUCAAGGUAACGAAACGUGACGAAGACUCCUCCUUGAUGCAGUUGAAGGAGGAGUUUCGGACUUAUGAAGCUUUGAGACGGGAACAUGACUCGCAGAUAGUGCAGAUAGCCAUGGAGGCAGGCUUACGCAUUGCACCAGACCAGUGGUCCUCUCUUCUUUAUGGAGACCAGUCACACAAAUCUCACAUGCAGUCCAUUAUUGACAAGUUGCAGACCCCAGCCUCAUUCGCACAGAGUGUUCAGGAACUAACAAUUGCUCUGCAAAGGACAGGAGACCCAGCCAACCUCAACCGCUUGCGACCCCACCUGGAGUUGCUAGCAAAUAUUGACCCUAGUCCAGAUGCCCCACCUCCGACAUGGGAACAACUCGAAAAUGGACUAGUUGCUGUGCGCACAGUGGUCCAUGGCCUGGUAGAUUACAUCCAGAACCACAGCAAAAAAGGAACAGACCAGCAGCAGCCUCCUCAGCACAGCAAGUAUAAGACGUACAUGUGCCGAGACAUGAAGCAAAGAGGAGGGUGCCCCCGUGGGGCCAGCUGCACGUUUGCACACUCACAGGAGGAAUUGGAAAAAUUCCGUAAAAUGAACAAACGCCUCGUUCCCCGGAGACCACUGAGUGCCUCCUUGGGCCAGCUGAAUGAGGUGGGACUGCCUUCACCAGCUAUCCUUUCAGACGAAGGGGCAGUGGACAUGCCCAGCAGAAAGCCCUCCACUCUGCCAAACGGGAUUGUCUCAGCAGGGAGUACCGUGACCCAGCUGAUCCCCCGAGGGACUGAUGCCAGCUAUGACUCGGGUCUGAAGCCGGGAAAGAUGGAUCACCUGAGUAGCAGUGCUCCUGGAUCCCCUCCUGACCUGUUGGAGUCUGUUCCCAAGAGUUCUAUUUCUGCAUUACCCGUGAACCCCCUCCCGGUGCCUCCCCGAGGACCAACAGACCUGCCUCCCAUGCCGGUCACCAAACCACUCCAGAUGGUGCCCCGAGGGUCCCAGCUGUACCCAGCCCAGCAGGCAGAUGUGUUCUAUCAGGAUCCCAGAGGCGCGGCUCCACCCUUUGAUCCAGCCCCUUACCCUCAAGGUGUAUACUAUACCCCAACCCCACCGUGCGUGUCCCGCUUCGUGCGACCUCCACCAUCCGCCCCGGAGCCAGGACCUCCAUAUUUGGAUCACUACCCACCCUACCUUCAGGAUCGUGCGGUCAGCUCCCAGUACGGCACCCAGCCGCAACAGUACUCGCCCAUAUAUCCGCCACACUACGAUGGCCGCCGCGUGUACCCGGGUCAGCCGUACCCUGCUCAGCGAGAAGAAAUCUUCCGGGAGAGCCCUGGUCCCAUUGAGAUCCCGCCAGUGGCCGUGUCACCCUAUGUACCCGAAACCAGAGAGAGAUACCAGCAACUGGAGGGUUACUAUCAAGUGGGUCCCCAUCCAAAUCAGAUCAGAUCAUCGUAUCUCAGAGAACCUUAUGGCCGACUGCCACCUCCCCCUCAGGCUCAUCCUAGCCUCGAUGAACUACACCGCCGGCGGAAGGAAAUCAUGGCCCAGCUAGAGGAGAGAAAGGUCAUCUCCCCACCUCCUUUUGCACCAUCCCCAACACUGCCUCAUCCCUUCCAUCCAGAGGAAUAUUUGGAUGAAGAUUUGAAGGUAGCUGGCAAAUACAAAGGCAACGACUACAGCCAGUACUCCCCCUGGUCCUGUGACACCAUCGGCUCCUACAUUGGAACCAAAGAUGCAAAGCCCAAAGAUGUGGUGGCAGCAGGGAGUGUGGAGAUGACGAAUGCAGACAGUAAAGGAAUGAGAGACCAGCGGUUGGACCUACAGAGAAGGGCAGCGGAAACUAGUGACGAUGACCUCAUUCCGUUUGGAGACCGGCCUACGGUGUCGCGGUUUGGAGCCAUCUCUCGCACUUCCAAAGCGAUGUACCAGAGUUCGGGGCCCAUGCAGGCGAUGGCAGCCCAGGGAGCUUCCACCAAAUCAAUUAAUAUUUCAGAUUACAGUCCCUAUGGAAAUCAUGGUGGUUGGGGAGGCUCUCCAUACUUAUCUCAGCAAAACUUACCUUCUCAGGGGCACUUCAACGAGAGAGAAAGGUUGUCCAUGUCAGACGUGGCAAGUCACGGGAAGCCCUUGCCCUCUGCUGAGAGGGAGCAACUUCGACUGGAACUGCAGCAACUAAACCACCAAAUUAACCAGCAGACCCACUUACGAGGACUAGAGGCUGUUAGUAACAGGCUGCUGUUGCAGAGGGAGGUGACCACCUUGGCAGGCCAACCCCAGCCUCAGCCCCCACCACCACCACCCCCAAAAUGGCCAGGAAUGAUCUCAAGUGAGCAGCUGAGCUUGGAGCUACACCAGGUGGAGAAGGAAAUCGGAAAGAGAACCCGAGAACUGAGCAUGGAGAACCAGUCUUCUCUGGACAUGAAAAGCAAACUGGGUACCAGUAAGCAAGCAGAAAAUGGACAACCAGAACCACAAAACAAGAUUGCUGCUGAGGACCUUGCACUGACAUUCAGCAGCGAUGUGCCGAAUGGAUCAGCUUUGACACAAGAGAGUAUCAGCCUCUUAUCCAACAAGACCGCCUCUCUGAACCUGUCUGAGGACCCUGAGGGAGGAGGAGAUAACAAUGACUCCCAGAGAGCAGGCGCCACACCCACCUCUGCUCCCUAGACAGAGGCCACAGCUGCUUUCUUCCUCUCCUCACACACACACCCGCAACCCCCACCCCCCAGUCUGCGCGAGGGGCAGAGGGAUAGGAAAGGAGUGUGUAGAGCUCCCAUGCCUUUGCUCUGAGGGUAAUCAGAGAAACCCAGGAACAGCAGCAGGUCCAGAGGCAAUGUGCACAAACACCACUACUAAAAACAAACCCUGCACAUAGUUCACAUUAAUGCGUUUUUUAAUUAAAAAAAAUGAAAAUUAGCAGUAUCUGCAAGCAAUUCAGAUUAAAUUUGUUUUUGUUCUGUGAA